AUGCCUCUGAAUGAGCUUGCCAGCCGAUUGCCAAUAGUGACUGUGAAUUCUGUCCAUUAUCUUGUGGACUGGACUGGGGUCUGCCCAGAACCGUUUCCUGUAAGAUCCAUCCAGCUGCUCAUGGAGACUGGAGGCUUUCCUGUAGUUCAAAGCCCAGGCUCCAGAGGGAAAAAGGGACAGUGUUCAGACCGAUCUCCCUGUCCCACACCUGGGCAAGACUCGGCUGUGGGCGAGCGGGAUUUGUCACACUCAGAUUCCGGUGCUCUGAACAGAAGGUAUCUGACCUCUCCUAAGGACGCACAUGAAGCUAAACAAAAACGCAUACUGCCUCUCCAAACAAUUCAGUUAGAGCGUUUUCUGAAAAACGAUAAGAACUGGGACAUUGUAACUGCAUCAAAGAACAAGGUUCAGCAGUUUAAGAAGACAAUGCCACUGAUUACAGACUUGAGAAAUCCAGCCAUGCGCGACAGCGGACAGUCAAUGCGCCCUCAGAGCCACAUCAUGUGCACAGUCAGCCAAGCGCACAGAAAGGCGUCUGCUUAUGAAACCAGCUUAUAUUUUCUGGAUCUCAGUAUUCCUGCCUGUGUUGAAAGGCCGGAAGGCUGUGCAUUUUGGGUUUAUUCGCAGCCUUACCAUGUUGGGAACAUGGGAACAUUGUUGGGAUUGUUUAGUGGAGCACCAGGACUUCAGAGAGGAAAUUGCUUCCGAAUCAAUUACUUUCCAGAAGAUGAUGAUUAUGACCAGGAGGGAUCAGAAUACCUUUUACGGCUGAGUAACAUUAUUGGGAUAAUCGUGUAUAUAUCCAGCAACACGGGUGACCCCUGGGAUAAAAACGAUGAUGAGAAGAAGAGUUUGUAUUCUUAUGGCUGGUCUUUCUAUUUUGGGGCGCUGUCCUUUAUUGUGGCGGAGAUGGCUGGGGUGCUAUCUGUCAGUAUUUACAUUGACAAGAACAAAGUGGUGCGGAGCAGGUCCCACCGGGACUACUUAAAGACUUCCUCCUCGCCUUACGCCAGGAUGUCCAGCUACAGGUAUCGCCAGCGCCGGAGAUCAGCCUGCAGCUCCAGGUCUGAGGAACCUUCCCCUGCACGGGAGCUGUCCUCAGCCGCCGGUAUGAAGGUAGUGAGCAGCGUGGUGCCCCUCACCGAGAUUUCCAUGUACUCCUUGUCCAGAGAGGCGACCAAGGGACCUACCAGGGCCAGUUACCAGCCGGAGGAGGAAGAGAGCUUCCUCCAGGUCCAUAACUGUUUCCAGAAGGAGCUGCAGGAAGACCUGGUCGCCAACAUCAUGAACAGGCGAACGACGCCAGUCUGAGCUCUCACCUUCUUCCCUGACCCCGUGCCCCACACACCGUCACCUCCCCCUCCAGGCCCUCUCCCCCCCACUCCCACGGCCUCCU